CGCAGCCAAUGCGCACGACGGUUUCCACCAUUGACCUUGGGCUAUACACAUGAUUGGAUGGGUAUGCCAAAAGCAAUGACAGAAGUCGAUCAAUUGUCCGCGCAACAAAAUUAGGACAUGGAGAGAACCAGAGACCAAAGGUCGGACUUUUGACUCCACUUGUUAUUCCCGCAUCCCCAUGGCAACCAACUGCAGUAGUAUUCCUGGUUUGGCGUUCUAUGAUGCAUUGGUGAAUAACUCGUUAAACGAGUUGAAACGAUGCGUGGAGAUGCACAAAAUCGACCUGAAUGCUCGGCUGAGUCACGUCCGAGAGAGGAACCACACCGAUUUAUGUCCAGUUCACUUGGUGGCUUAUAAAGGACACUUUGCCAUGCUACACUAUCUGAUACAGAAUGGAGUGAAUGUCCAUCAGCCGACAUCUACGCUGCAACGACGAGCUGUUCACUUUGCAGCACUGCGGCAUCAAGUGUCCUGUCUCCAAAUGCUACUAAACGCAGGAGCCCAGUUGGACGUCCGAGACACCUUCGGCAAUACUCCAUUACAUUAUGCGGCCGAAGACGGAGAUGUGAGCCUCUUGGGUCUUCUUUUGAACAAUGGGGCUAAUGUGGAUUUUCAGGACAUCACUAACAAGACACCGCUAAUGAAGGCGGCUAGGAGCGGAAAACUCUGGGCAGUUCGUCGUCUCAUCGCAUUCGGGGCUAACGUGAACGUGAGGGAUCGGAACGAUGAAACAGCCCUACAUUAUGCCUGCAGGCAGGGUUCCACCGAGAUCACCGGCAUGCUAAUUAAAGCUGGUGCGAAGCUCAAUGCUCAAAAUCAAAUCGGAUUGACCCCGAUGAUGGAAGCGGUGUCAUAUAACCAGCGGGAAGCAGUCGGUCUCCUGGUAAAGCAGCGCGAUUUGGAUCUGUACAAGAGGGAUUUCUGCACCGGUGACACCGCACUGCAUAUUGCAGUGAAGAAAAAUUAUAUCCACAUGGUGGAGAUAUUGCUUCAGGCUGGUAUGUCGACCGUAUGA